AUGUCAUCUUUUAUAACAAAUUCCUCUAAAACAUCAAACUCUGAUUCUCCAACUUUUUAUGCUGAUGAGGUUCCGGUUGCUGACUUAGUCUACUCCUUUGACUGGUCCUCCACUCCUCUUGGACCUAUGGAAGAAUGGGAUCCUUCAUUCAGAAUGGCCGUUUAUUCUAUAUCAGAAUUGAUUGCAUUGAUACGUUCAAAAUCUAUAUAUGACAGACCCUUUAGAAAAAUAUCAAAGCAGCCUCAUGUCAUUAUCAUUGCCCCAACUAUUGAAUUGCCCUCGUUAAGACACUUUUUAAAAGAAUUUUAUUCUUUGGCACACGGUCUUGCAACUAUUAACACAAAAGUGGUAAUUUUAAAUCCUGCAGAACCAAAUGCUCGUGUAAAGACGUUUUUGUCAGAUCCUUUGUAUGCACAUCGUAUACAAUUUAUUAGAGGUAGCUCACUUGAAUCACGUAGUCUAAAAAAAGCAAAUGCAAAAAAUGCUUCAGCAUAUUUUAUUUUAGCCAAAAAGUAUACACAACAAAGUGAGACUAUUGAUGCAGAAAAUGUUUUAAGGGCAAUGAAUAAAGCUCAUUUUGAAAAUUUAAAUCCUGAAAUAAUAAUAUGUAUCGAUGAAUUAAAACUUGCUAUACUUGCUCAUUCAUGUUUAACUCCUGGAUUUUCUACUCUUUUGUAUGGUCUUACAACAUCAUUCACUUAUGAAUCAACUUAUGAAUUAAGAAACACUGAAGAAAGGUAUAAUUCAUCAAUUGGCAUGGGAAAUGACAUCAUUGAGGAUUAUAUUGAUGGCAUUUCUCGAUCUAUUUACGCCACAAACUUAUCAGAUUACUUUAUUGGCUAUAAUUUUCUCUCAGCUGUUGGUUGUUUAUAUGAAAGUCUAGGUGUUGUGCUGUUUGCAAUCGCUAUUCCAAAACAACAUUCUACAACGGGACAAUCAACCAGUUUGUCAUACAACCAAAGUAAUUGUGAAGGAGAAAAUGCUAAAAAUUAUAUGGUUUUGAUCAAUCCUGGUGAUUAUAUUCUAAGAGGAGAUGAAAUUGGUUAUAUAAUUGCUUCUGACAGUGAAUUGGCUGAUGGUGUUUCCAAUUAUAAGUGGCACAGUUUACAAAUUCGAAACAAUGGCAAUUUAUCUUCUGAGCCACAACAAACUUCUUCAGAAAGACAACCAUUAUUGUCAUCCAAUGUUUCAAAAAAUAAUGUUAGUGUUGGACAUAGUGAUACAAAGAAAAGGUCAAAUCUUUCUAAAAAACCUGAUCAACAGUAUCAUGAGUAUCCUCACAAGUCCGAUUCUAGUACACUACGUCAUCAUCGUUCACUUUCUACUCCUCUUGCUUCUGCAGCAGACCACGACCAUGAUCGUCAACAACAACAUCACCACGAUCGCCGUAUUCAUAGCAUAGAUCCUUCAUCUUCUUCUUUAAAUGCUUUUCUUGAUAAUGAUCAAAUAAAUUCAAUGCUUGAUACAGUUAGUGGACACAUACUGUUGUGUGAUUAUUCAACAGCAACUUUUCCACGUAAUUUAGAUUGUUUUGUUGGUCCAUUACGCAAAGCACAUUUGGAAAAGUUCACACCAAUUGUAAUUCUUUCACCAGUAAGACCUACACAAAGUCAAUGGAAAAUCUUAAGUCAAUUUGAUCAAGUGUAUAUUGUUCAAGGGAAUCCAAUGACGCGAGAAGCCCUUGAUAUUGGCAAAAUUAAAUUUGCAAAACAGGCCACCGAAGAUGCACCAGCAAUGUUGGUUUACUUGAACAUUAAAGCAAUGUGUAAUGAUAAAGAUGUUGAUAUUUUUGUAGAGUUUGUACAUAUGGAUAAUAUGAAAUUUAUUUCAGAAGAUACAUCGGUUAUUAAUAAGAAUAUGCAAGCACAUAAUUCACCAGCAUUUAUGGCAGGGAUUUGCUUUUCUUUAUCUAUGUUGGAUAGUAUAAUAUGCCAAUCAUUCUAUCAACCACAUAUAGUUGCUAUAAUUCACCAACUACUUUUUGGAACUAACCUCCAUUCAGAUGCAACUUAUUCUGCACCCGCUCAUUCACACAUCUUUCAAAUUCCUGUGCCAGUAAGAUUCAUAGGUUCACAAUAUGGAUUACUGUUUCAGUUCUUAUUGGAUGAUAAAAAAUCUAUACCGUUAGGUCUAUAUCGUAGUAAUAAAGCAAAAACACCAAAUGGUAUGGUCAAAUGUUUUAAAUAUGUAUACACUUGUCCUAAAUAUAAUGUAAUAUUAAAAGAAGAUGAUAAAGCUUUUGUGUUGAGUAAACGUAUUCCAUCUGGAUUAUGA